AUAUGGACUGUUAAUGUCAAAGGAACGCCGGAGUUUAUGGAACCGUUAAUGUACGAAGGCGACAAUAGUGAAAUGCUCGCUAAGAUUUCUUCACAACUGCUAAACACUCUUGCAACUAUUGAGAAUAUGCAAGAAGGUAGGAAUGAUUGCCUAAAGAUCGCCGAGAAACGCCGGAAUAAGUUCGAAUUUAUUCGGUUUGGACGGAAGUGA